UUGUUUGUGUGAGUGUUUUUGUGCACCGGUUCAUUUCUUGGGUUGUUUAAGUGUCACUAAAAUAAAGAUGUGGAACUCCAAUCACGCUGCACCUUGGGCCGUCUCUCGACAGAAUAUCCCACCAAGCAAGGACCAAGCAGUGUGCCAUGGAGAAGGCCAGUGGCUGCUGGUCCCCGGCUGAUGCCGUCCUCCACGACACCCCUCCGCCUCCCUUGGACAUCAAGGGGAGCUCCACUUAUGCCGUCAGAUCACUCCUGGACUCCCGACGUCGUGGGGGUCGGCUCCAGUACCCGGUGGACUGGGAGGUGUAUGGUCCAGAGGAUCAGUGCUGGGUUCCAGUGGAUGACAUUCUAGAUCCCAACGUCAUCCAAGAAUUCCACCUUUGCCGUCCGCACUGGCCCGCUCCUCGCCCUCGGCAGUCCUUCUGGAUGCACAGCUGGCAACCCUCAUUACGCACACCUGAGCCCCAUCAUGAGGCAUGCCUGGACUCCAUCACUACCCUGAGUACUCCCCCUUUAUCUAGCACUCCCUAGCAUCCUUCAGGCAGUUUUGGUUAUAUUUCCUUGUCAGAAAUUGCUCUUGUUUUGCAUCGCACUACUAUUAUUUAUUAUUAUUAAACUCACUAAUUGCACCUGUU